ACUGUAGAGAGUGAGGGGAAUCAGGAUGCUAAUCCUCCAAUGAGAUGAGGUUCAAGACGAAGUUCGCGUUGCUUCCAGACAAGUUCCAGGACGUCAUCGGCGCUUUGCGGGCCUCGAUCACAGAAUAUUUAAUGCGUCGAAGUUUUGAUACCCAAGAGCUUCAAAUAACAGAACGGGGGAGCAAGGACUAUAGCUUUAUGCAUGUCGCUUUAAUUUCACCGAAUACCCAGGUGUAUUUGAUAGGUCCUAACUGAUACAGUCGAUUGCAAAAACUCCGACCUUCAACAGAGGCACGGUGGGGAAGGCGACGAAAUUGCAUGUUCGCUAUAUAUACUGCAGACUGCAUGAUGAUGCACAACAGUAAAGGAACGUUCCUAAACGUCCGCUUCGUUAUGAUAGGCUCUAUGCGGAUAUUGGAGGGGUAGUUUGCGCCGGCUUGAACUUGACGUUGACGCAGAACUUCAAUGAGGACGGGUGGCCUGGCAUUUUGGUGAACUGGCUCUGGAACAAGGCGGCGAAUAGCCGGUGUUCCCUGGAGUUGAGUACGACGCAGGACACGGACGAGACGGGGAGCAGAAGGACGCAUGGCGAGGUGAUUAUGUCUGGUCGGUGGUUGCUGCUCGUCGACAGAAAGAACUCCCUACUUGUCACCUCCGCGAUGUGUCACAACAUUUCCCCUUGUGACAACGCGCUAAUUGAUGUGACUGAGUUGCGUCUGGGGCGCAGAUUGUCUUGCUCUUUGCUUGCUCUUUGCGAUCUUAAUUCUAUGUUAGUGACCUGAAGUCUUGUCUUCAAUUUCGUGUGCUUUCAUUAUGCCUCAGGAAAGUUCUCAUGAGAAGAAACCCACCCGCAAGCGCAAGACUGGAACUAACGGUCCAGGGACGGACGAAGGUUCAUCAAGCUUGAAGAGACCGCGAAUAUCAAGGGCACAGCCCAGCAAGUCGAAAGGAAAGGCUAAAGCAACAUCCCACGUAGAUGUUUUAGGCUGGCCUGAGCAUUUUGAAUCAGCAUUGAACACUGUCCUUGCAUUCUGCUCGUCUCGCAAACAACUUGCCAUUACCUUCCCCGUCGUUAGAACUUCGGUUGAGGGCUUACUUAGACAUCCACUGGAGCUCUCGAAAGUCGCGGAACUGAAAGCCCUAUUGCCAGACCUCAUCAACUUUGCUUAUAUUCCAAGUGCCCAACUACGAAUCCAUGAGGACUCGGCUAAAGAUGUUAUGCAGAGUCAGACUGGUGCCACCGCAGAUUUUUCUCUACCCCAAGGACCUGUCAACACUAAUAUGCGACCCGCCGGACUCAGUAUCGACGAUGAUGAAGAGCAUGUGUUGGUCCUUGAUUUCAUUGACCCUUCAAAGGGCAAGAAAACCUCGAACCUUGGCUUCUUGUAUUCCCUUCCGCCGGCGUUAACACCUGCUGCCACAAAAAAGUUGGUCGAGAAGCGCAAUGAUCGUUUCGUUCAGGCGGUGAAUGAACUACUCCAAGCGACUCCUGCAGGCGAGAAUCCCGUUGAUUUAUUGCAGGCCGCCGCUCGUGACCAUAUACCUAUAAGCCCCAAUAAAUCCAAGACCAUAGAGGCACCUCGAGUUGUUCCUGACCCUCAGCAUCGCCCAGCGAUAGAUGAUGUGAUUGUUGAGAUCCAAGAACAGGAGUGGUACGAAGACCAAAUUGUGCACCGAAGAGUUUUGGAAGCAAAGCAAGGGCAACUUGCGGAGCUUGACCCUCCCCUGCCUGAAAACAUACUUACCGCUUUGAAAGAUGCUAGGAAGAUCACAUCGCUGUACACUCACCAGGUUGCCGCAAUCAAUGCCCUUGCGAAUGGACAACAUGUCAUUGUAUCAACCAGUACAGCUUCCGGGAAGAGUGUGAUUUAUCAGGUACCUCUGCUGAAGUUCUUAGAAGCCGACCCCUAUGCGAAAGCCAUUUUAAUUUAUCCAACGAAGGCUCUGGCACAGGAUCAGAAGGCGGCUUUAGAGCAGCUCUUGUGCGCAUGUCCGGGACUAGAGCAUAAACGAGUUGCAACGUAUGAUGGCGACACUCCACAUGAACAUCGUGCAGGCAUACGUGAAACGGCCUCCGUCAUAUUUACUAAUUUCGACAUGAUCCAUGCCUCUAUACUUCCUCAUGAGGACGUCUGGCGAAGCUUCCUGAAGAAUGUCAAGCUGGUCGCAGUAGACGAAUUGCAUUACUACUCGGGAGUAUUCGGAAGUCACGUUGCGCAGGUCAUAAGACGAUUUCGACGUGUUUGUGCGGCCGUUGGAAAUCGACGAGUACAAUUUGUCUCUUGUAGUGCGACGAUUGCGAAGCCUGGUCAACACAUGUCCAAUAUGUUCGGUGUCUCUAACGUCGCCGAAGUUACGGAAGACGGUGCACCUUCGGGGCGCAAGGACUUCCUCAUCUGGACACCUCCUCUCAGAGACUCGCAAGAUCCGUCAUCUGGUUUCAAAAGCUCAAUUUCAGAGGCUACGGCUUUGAUGCGAUUCCUCAUGGCACGAGGCAUUCGUGUUAUUAUGUUCUGCAAAAUCAGAAAAUCCUGCGAGCAGGCGAUGAAAGCUUUGAGGGCUGAAUUAACUGCGGAUGGACGCUUGGAUAUCUUGGGCAAAGUUAUGGCCUAUCGUGGAGGUUAUUCGCCACAGGACCGCCGCAAAAUAGAGCACGAAGCCUUCUCUGGCAACCUACUUGGGAUUGUUGCGACUAAUGCGCUAGAGUUGGGUGUGGAUAUUGGCAUCCUAGAUGCCGUGAUCAUGCUUGGCUUCCCCAUCGGUGGCAUCGCUAGUUUCAGGCAACAAGCUGGUCGUGCUGGUCGCCGCGCUCGGGAUGCCCUUGCUGUAUAUGUUGCUGAUGGGCUUCCGGUGGACAAGCAUUUUGCAGCCCACCCAGAUGAAUUGUUUGAUAAACCCAUAGACGACAUUCUCAUCGACCUCGACAGCAAAAUCAUCUUAGAAGCCCAUUUUCAAUGUGCUGCAUUCGAGGUUCCAAUGACAAUCGCGGAUGAGCAGUACUUUGGUCCGUUGACUAAAGAGAUAUGUGAGUCAUCUUUGAAGAAGGAUGAAGAUGGCUGGUAUCACACGCAUCCUAAAUUUCUUCCGUAUCCUUCGAAACAUAUCUCAUUGAGAGGUGUUGAGGAAGAGAAAUACCUUGCAGUAGAUAUCUCUAGAGUUGGCAAACCCGGUGGGCAACCAAAGAUCCUCGAGGAAGUCGAACUUUCUCGUUCUUUGUUCGAACUAUACGAGGGCGCUGUGUUCAUACAUCAGGGCGUAACCUUCCUGGUGAAAGAAGUAAGCCAUGACUCCAAGAUGGCUAAGCUUCUUCGUGCAGAUGUCAAUUGGACGACGGAACCAAGAGAUUUCACGAAUGUGGACGCAAUCCAGACACAUCGUAUACGAGAGAUCAAGGGGUCUUCUCAGUGUGCAUUCUAUGGACGUGUGGAAUUAAUUACCACAGUAUUCGGAUACUUCAAAGUCAGAAAUAACGCCAUAAUCGAGAGCGUCGACUUGGACACUCCACCCUGGGAGCGCGAGACCACUGGAUUGUGGCUUGACGUUCCAAAGCCCACGCUUCAACUGCUGCAGACUCAUGGUAUCAAUGCGGCAGAGGCUAUCCAUGCAGCAUGCCAUGCUUUCCUGAAUCGUUUUCCGCUCGCGAAUGACCUUGGCACGGAAUGCAAGGUUGCAGAGAAAGAAUAUAAGGCUACAGAGUCGCAAAGGAAACGACCAGCACGACUCGUAUUCUAUGAACACAGCGGUAAAUCGGGUGGUAUAGCAGCGAAAGCAUUUGAUCAUGUUUCAGCAACCCUUAAUGCCGCUCUGAAUGCCAUCGAAACCUGCGAAUGUGAAGAAGGAUGUGCCAAGUGUGAGCGUUUUACUGUCAUUAUCACGACGCACAUGCCACUAAGGGUGUGUAUGUAGGUAUUAUCAGCCCAGCAUGCAGGGAAAACAACUUGGUGAAGAGCAAGACUGGAGCCUUGAUCAUCCUCAGCGCAAUCCUGGGCCGUCCUGUGGAUGUCGAUCUCCUCUCUGGCUAUUCAGAAAUAGAUGCCUUCAACACCAUCGUCGAGGCACCCACCGUCCGUGUCGCUCAAGGAGUCGAAGUGGAAAAGGAGCAAUAAUACAACAGUCUAUACCAUAUCCUUACAAUAGAGUAGAUACCCAUAACCCAAAUGAUGUACGUAGGAAGGGAGAUCAUGACAGUGGAUCAAAGUCGCCCCAGUCAUCUUUUGUGAGCUGCUUAAGGCUCGUC